GACCAAAGAAUUGGACGGAACGAAACCGGAUGUCGGAAGAUGCAUUUGUAGUUAAACAAAAAGUAAACACCAAACGUAAAAGGGUGUCACUGAAAAACGUGUUACAGAUCUUUGCUGCUUGAAUGCCUGGAUGAGAAACACAAACAACGGAGUAUGCUAAGAGCCCGUUCAUAUCUGCGCCAUGAAUCCAUCAAAUCCUUUUGGCAGUCCGCAAGGUGGAGCCUUCCAAACACCAAGCAGCACCAUGAAGACUAGUUUGUUUCAGUCAUUUGGACAGCAAAGUUCCAGCAAUCAGCCCCAAACUAUGGGAUUCUUUCAACAAUCAGCAUUUGCACAACCAUCUGUCUUAAAUCAGCCCUCACCUCAUGGAAAUACUAUCUUUGGACAAGCCCCAGCCUUCGGACAGCAACCUGCACAACCUCAAACGCUGCCUACAAUAAGCCAGCCUCCAGCGUUUGGACAGCCUUCAUUAGGAAUCAGUAGCUCAGGCUUUGGUGGUAGCACAGCAUCAGCCUUUGGACAGACCACUGGACCAAACCAGAGUUCAGUCUUUGGGCGCGCACCCGCUUUCAGACAGACAUCUGCAUUUGGGCAGGCACCCGGAUUUGGCCAACCACCACCAAGAUAUGGCCAACAGUCCUCUGGGUUUGGAAACUCCCAAAUGAUUUCUGGCUCUACUACUGCCUUAGGGCAGCCUCAGCCACUGAGAUUUGGAGGACAGCCUGCAUUUGGACAGCAAUCAUCUACCAUUGUCACCACUGGUGUAUUUGGCACCGGUCAGAGUGUGACCCAGAGCAGGGCCUUUGGAUCAUCUGAAUUCAGUUUCAAGCCAGCAAAUGAGGUACUUUUCAAACCCAUCUUCAGUGCCAGCCCUGAACCUGCUAACCCACAAACUACUUCACUGUCCAGCUCACCAUUUAGCAACAGUGGGUCCCAGACAAGCUCCAGCACCAUGAGUAGCAGCACCACCACCACCACCACCACUGGUUUCUCUCUGUUGAGUACCAAGCCUGGGCUGCCGGGCUUCAGCUUUUCACAGCCGGCUGCAGCCCCAUCUAUCCCUGCUCAGAACAGCCAGCUAACAACUAGCAAUAGUAACAUUCCAACAAACACGCUGCAGUUCACCUUUUCCCAGCCAGCUGCCCUUUCAAGCUCCAGCUCUAAGGCAUCCACCACCCAGCCCACCACUCCAUCAUCUUUCAGCUUUACAACCAAAGCCCUCCAGCCGCAGACAAAACCCUUUUUUGGAGGAACCAAUUUUGGGCAACCCUCAGCUUUUGAUGACAACAAAAUUAAAGCAGAGGCUAGCACAGAUGAGAAAGGGAGCGAUCUUGAGGCAUCAGGGGAUACAAAUAUAUUUGCACGAUUUAGUAAAGGCACCAAGCGCAAGGAUGAUCCAGCAGCCCCCAGCAGUGAUACAGAGAGUCCUGCAGCUGGGCAGGAUGUUCCAGCAGAAGCAGAUUCACCGAGGCACCCUCCUAAGAGGCCACUGACCAGGUCCCGCGGCCCACCAGCAGGCCUGUUCGGUAGGGCACUGAGUGGUCUUCGCAGAGAAAACGCUAACCCAGUGAGGCGCGAGGCCACCAAGGGGAUUCAGCAGCUGGCAUCAAACUGGGAGGAAACAGAGAGGAAUGAUGUUCAAGCUGAGAGUGACAGUGUGACUGCUACUCCAUCUAUGGUACAAACACUCACCAGGGAAGUGUUGGAAAAAGCUGAGUCGUCGGAUUCAACAAAAGCCUCAGACCCAAAGCUAAAAACUGCAGCCCGUGUGAAACGUGGCGUGUGCAGGGAGAGCUCGGAAAGCCUCAGUGGCUUGUCUCCUACCGACUGCACCACCAUCCAUUGCAAGGAUUUGCUUGCAGACCUCAACAAAAAGGAGAUACUUGAGAAGCACUUUGCUCGUUUCGGGAAGGUCACUAGGGUCGUGUGUCGGCCUACCAAGAGCCAGGCCACAGUACACUUCAGUGACCAUGCAUCAGCAGCAAAGGCCAAGAAGAAAGGCAAAGUCCUGCACAGACAAAAUCUCAAUCUUUUCUGGCAGAGAAAGAAGCAAAGUCCAGAGGAGAAAGGGUGCAGACCUAGAGCAGGAAAGGAGGGGGAAGUAGGAGAAACUCAAGGGGAGACGGAGUCAAAGGCCACCUCCUCCCCUCUUAAGAGACCCCCACUCAGAGCUCCUGCAGUCAGCAGCAUGGCAGCCUUAAGCCACAGCUCUCCUGUGAAGAAGGCACCAUUGGUCAAGUCUCUGGACUUGGACAGGGAACCCCAGAGAGGAGGCAACACAGAAACCCAGAGCUCAGAGCAGCAGGUACCCUCCUCCCUCCUCCAUCUCAUUGGCCAGCUGGCUGAGACCGCUGAAGAAAAAUACCGUCUCCUGGAGCAGAGAGACAAGGUCCUGCGCCAAGGUCGGCCUAGGCGGACAGACCUGGACCUGUCUAAGGUGUUUGUGGGGACGUGUCCUGACAUGUGUCCAGAGAAGGAGAGGUACAUGAGGGAGACACGGAACCAGCUCAGCAUAUUUGAGGUCAUUCCAGACACUGAAAUGGUGGAUCACAUAGCAGCCAUCAAGGAGUACAGUCGCUCCUCAGCCGACCAGGAGGAGCCCCUGCCCCACGAGUUGCGCCCGUUGCCUGUACUCAGCAUGACCAUGGAUUAUCUGGUGACUCAGAUCAUGGAACAGGGCCAUGACAACUACCGCGACUGGUAUGACUUUGUCUGGAACAGAACCCGCGGCAUCCGUAAGGACAUCACCCAGCAGCGCCUUUGCUGCCCACACACGGUGUCGCUGAUUGAGAAGUGCACACGCUUCCAUGUGCACUGUGCCCAUCACCUCUGCGAAGAACCUAUGUCAUCUUUUGAUGCCAAGAUCAACAAUGAGAACAUGACAAAGUGCCUGCAGAGUCUCAAAGAAAUGUACCAGGACCUGGGUAUGCGCCAAAUCUACUGCCCCCGGGAGGCAGAGUUCCGCCAGUAUAGUGUGCUGCUGAAGCUAAACGACAGCGACAUCCUGCGUGAGGCGCAGCAGUUCCGUGAUGAGGUGCGUAACUCGCCUGAGGUGAAGUUUGCCGUGCAUGCAUUUGCUGCAGUCAACAGCAACAACUUUGUGCGCUUCUUCAAGCUGGUGAAAGGAGCCUCCUACCUUGCCAGCUGCCUCCUACACAGAUACUUCAGUCAGGUCAGAGCCAAGGCCUUGAAGACCCUGAACAUGGCCCACACUGUGGGUCCACGAUCGACUGCAUUUCCCCUCGAGGAUAUAGUUCGGAUGUUAAUGUUCCGCAACCGUGCAGAAGCAACGGACUUCAUCCAGCAGUACGGCCUGAAUGUGAUUGAUGGCAUGGUUGAGCUGAGUCGGUCAACCUAUCAGGAGCCAGAGCUGCCGCUGUCCCAGAAGAAGUCUGAGGUCAUCCUCGCUAAGAAAACAGUGCUGCUUGGAGAGGUAGUGAAUGGAGGACCCCUCCCUAAUCCUCCCCAGCACACCCCUACCUGCAGCUUCGACUCCCAGAACAAGUACCGUGGAGAGGGCUCUCUGGCUGAGCCCACUUCAAACCCAUUCAAAUCUGUUGCUGCCAAGCUGGAGAUUAAAGCACCAUUCAGUGUUGAGCUGCCAGUCAAACUUCAAGACACUUCCACUGCCACUGGGCUGUCUCCAGCUGUUACAGAUGAGACAGGAGAUCUGAGCGCAUCACCUCAAGGCUCAGCCUUCCCAGCAGACGCCCAGCAGCUUUUUCAGCGGAUAUCUCAACCUCAGCCUGUCAAGCCACCAUCACCUCCACCCAGACCUCAGCAGGUGUACAUUGAUGAGGACAUUGUGGCUGAGCUCGACUGUAUGAUUGAAGAGGUGGUUGAAGCAGCAGUGAGGGAGGUAGCUGGUGUUGGUACCACUUACAUCACAACAGCUCUCGUUGAGAGCAGCAUGCAGGUGGAGUCACUGGUGAGCGAAGUGUUGGCGCAGAUGCUGCAGGAGGUGUCCUCCGAUGAGAUCGAGAUGGAACAGGAGCGUGUAGCUGAAGAGAAACGCAAGCUUGAAGAAACCAGGAGGAGACAGGAGCACGAGGCUUUCCUGGCUCAGUUCAGCUUCUCCCUCUGCAAGGAGAUCGUCCUUGAAGUUUUAGAUGAGACCAUCAAGGAGGCCGCCACCUCUGAGAUCCAGCAGGCGGUGAAUGAGAAAGCUGAGCGUGUGGCUAAAUGCACAGAACAGGUUUGCACCAGUCUAGUUGAGGACACUUUGGAUACAGACAUUGCCCGGUUGGUUGAAGAAAUCCUUGAUGCUGAGUUGCAGUGUAUCCACAAGUACAUUAAAAGGUGGCGGGAUGUGGUAGCAGUUCGUCGGCAGUUGAAGAGACAGAUGAGAGGUUUCCCUGCAGCUCCUUGUUGUGUUGACCCUUCCUUCAAACUCAAGGCUCUGGCUCCCAGUGCUCCUGCACAGCCCACCAUAGCAGAUCUGGCCCGCGGUCUGGUCAACCUGGGAAACGCAGGCACUCUGGCCCUGUCUAGUUCUAGGUUAUUAAAAAUGAGACGGGAAGCAAUCCACCAGAUGAGAGUCCACUACUACUACCAGCAGCUGCUUGAUGAAGUGGUGUGGGCGCCUCUAGACCUGCCAGCACUGGUGGCAGAAAAUAUCCCCAACCCACCUGACAGAAUCUUCUGGAAAGCUGUUCUCCUCUUACCCAGCGACCACGAGAGUGUAGCCAGUCUGGCAGACAGGAUCCUGUCAGACUGGCUGGAGGUGAAGCUGGGUGAUAACAAGACGUCAGAGGUGAGCGAGGAGCAGCGGGACGGCACACUGCACUCCCUCUGUGUCACCAACACACUGCAUGAGAAUGGACAACGCACUCACAAAGUCCACAUCAGCGUCAAGGCGUCCCGAGGUCCACUGACUGAAGACAGCCUGUCCAAAAUUGAGGAGUGCUAUGAGCUCCAGGGAACAGGAGCUCUGGUCAUGCUGCUCCCUGCUUUGUCCAUCAUCGAGCCUGGCCGUAAUGAGCAGGAUGUACCUCUGCUGUCGGCCCUUCUUCAGCUCAAGCAGCUACAACAAGCCAGCACCUGGCACUGCCCACUGCCUCUGGUCAUACUGGUGCCAGGACCUGACAGUGUUACUGGUGAAACACAGGAACUUGAAGAUGCCCUGAUGCUGCACACACUGGUCCAGGAAGGCCUGAUAUCAGAGUACACAUUCUUCUUCAUACCAGAGACAACUAGUGACCUCCAGGGAUCCAAACAGCUCAUCCAGGCCAUGCGUUGGCUAUUGGCCCGUGCUCCACCACACUUCCCACUCAUCUGCCAGACCUUGGUGCAGCUGGUAGAGUCUAGUUUGAGCCGCGACUUCAGUCCCAGAGUUUACUCCCACCGCCAGGAGCGGGCCACCGCAUGUCUUCCUUCCCAGGACCCUGCGCCUGUCAUCCAGCUGUACAACGCCGUCCUGGCUCACAUUGCUGACAAAGUCUCAUCCCAAGAUCUCUGCAGAUUCUCAUGGCCACCAAGCGAGUUCUGCCUGCCUGAUACCCGUGACUUUGUUCCUCAUCUGGGCUGGAACUCUGCUCAGCACCUGGCCUGGCUUCACAAAGCCAUUCUCAGCCUGCAGCUGCCACAGUGGGAGCAGCUGUCUAACACUGACACUUGGCCUGAGCUGUGCUCCUCCAUCUCUCGCUACGCUGCUCAGAUCCCAGUAUCCCACCGCAGUCAGCCCCUCUUAAUGUCACAACUGGAAAACCUUCUGGAAAGGGUCAGGCUCAACAGUCUCCAUAACCGUGCCCCUAGAUCCAAGGUAACCAUGGGAUGUUGCUGCAGUGGAGGUGAGUGUGUGUGUCCGGCCUACAGUCAGAUCCCCUGGGACGACGUGCUGGUGAUUUGCAUAGACCACAAGUUGAAAGACUGGUGGAUACCUGGGCCUCCUCCUUGUGAAGAUGCUGUUACAGAGGAUGGGGAGAUCUUGGUGUACUUUACCACAGAGUCGCUGAAUGACUUCCAGCCACCUGAGGAAUGGACCCAGGCCAUCAGACAAACACACAAGGAGAAGCAGCAGGACAAGGAACGGGCAUGUACAGCUGCUUAUGCCACGCCCAGAGGUCUGUCCAUCAGAAAGAGGCUGUGCCACAGUCCGGCGGAGCCUGUCAAAGCCCCGGCACCCCUGCCGGACAUCGCAUAUACUCCCACAGCACAGGAGCUCCUAGCCCACAAAGUCCUGCAGAGCUUGGAGGAGGAGAAGGCUGAAAGCAAAAGGUGCAUGGAGCAGCUUCAGCAUUGGCUGGAUGGGGACCCCCUGCACCACUUGUCCAUAACGCUCUUCAAUCCAUCCUCCACCCUGCUGUCCAAGCCCACAACUAUAAUACAUGCUCCCACAGCCAAGACUAGAGAUGCCACACCUGCACAGGACCCUGAUGAUUUGUCGGAAAAAGAAGACUGGCCAAAAACCACACCUGUAUCAAUGGCCCAGCGACUGAAGCAACUCGAACAACAGAUUUUGACAAGUCAAGAGGAAGAACUGACCUGCAGGCUGAAGCUGAGCAGUCUGCUGAGCAUUGUUGAUGACUGAUGGACUGUCGCCACAGAAUCUUUUAACAGGUGUCUUUGCAGCUAUGGAAGUGAAAACUGAGGACAAACAAGCCCUUUGCCUCAAACGGGAAACUACUUGUGAUGUGUAUUUGUUGAGCUCACACUGCGCUUGUGACAAAAUGAGCUGAGGCAUCUUUCGGUCCGAUUGACUGAUUGAAACCAUGCGUCUAAUUUUUUUUGUUUUUAUUAUGGUUUGAUAGUGAACAAGUAGAGACAAAAGUCUUGGCUCUUACUCUUGGUUUAACUGUGCACCAUUAAUUUAGAAUAUAUAACUUUAAAAGGAAAGUACAGUCUAACAUUGUGUUAAAAUCUCUACACAAGCUUUUCUUGUCCCUCUUUAACACAUGUUGAAUUACUUUGUGUAUAUUGAAUGGCUUCAGUUUUGUUUGAACAGAUGUUUGUACUCUUGAAUUGUGUCAUUAUCUCACAGCAAAAUGUUGAAUUAAAGCGUCGUUUUCUUGUUAA